ACGACGUAACUCCAGAGAUAAUCUUUUUAGCUUCACUUUAACUGCAGGUGCAGAGGUACUUUGAUGGUAUACAUGAAUUUCUCUUAUUUACGCCUUAAUAGUUGAUAAGUGUGAACUGUGGGUCUCUCAAGCAAUUUUCGACUCAAUCUGAUCACAAUAUCCUCGUUCUUCACCAUGGUGGUGUGUCGCAAUGUGAUAUUAACGCUAUUAAUACUAAGUCUAGCCGCUCAUAUCAGUGCGAAUCAGAGUAGCGCUAAUAGCGAUGGGAUAAAAGCGACGAAGACCAAGCUAUACAACAAGCUGAUCGGGACGAACUACGGGCCGACCACGAGCAGGCCAGUCAAGAAUGAAUCUUAUCCAGUCACGGUCAGGAUGAGAAUGCUUGUUGACCACGUCGUCGAAUUUGACGAACCUAGGCAGCAAGUAACAUUGUUUUGUUCCAUGAAAUUGGUUUGGAGAGAUGAAUAUCUGACAUGGAAUGAAAGUGAAUAUGGAGAUCUAGACCACCUAGACAUAGAUGUUGAUGAAAUAUGGCAACCGUCAGCUACCCUUCUUACAAGCAAUGAUGACCAACAUUUAACGAUGUUACAACGCCUGGCAUUUGUUGAUUCAUCUGGUGAGGUCACGUGGCUAUCACCCGUCAUCAUAACCACUUCUUGCAGGUUAAACGUAGAGUUAUUUCCAUUUGAUGAGCAGCUCUGUACCGUUGAGUUCGGUCCAUGGGCCAGAGAUCGGACACAGGAGGAUAUGGAGUUCUUCUUUGAUGAAAAUGAGAAGUCUGCACAGCGAUAUCGCCAGAAUGGCGUCUGGGCUAUCGUCAAUGAUACAGCAGCGCGCAUCCUUCGUAAUUACUCUGGUUUUGCUGAACCCAUCGCUGAGAUACAUUACUUCUUUUGGUUCAAGAGACAAUCCAAGGUAUACGUCUUGAGUAUCGUCAUCCCUUCGGCAUUACUUUCGUUGUCAACAAUGCUUAUAUUUCUACUGCCUCCAGAGUCUGGAGAGAAGAUCUCAUUUGGUAUCACCAAUCUUCUAGCCAUGGUCCUCUUCCAAGAAACAGUCCGAUCUGCCAUGCCACCGACAGGUUCUCCAAUCUUUGCAAAUUACAUCUGCGUCACAGUGGUAGUAGCGUGCAUGUCACUGAUAUUUGAGGCAAUUGUCUUGCGUAUGUACAACUUGGGUGAUACUAAGAAAGUACCGGCAUGGCUCUAUCGACGCUGUUGUGCUGCAAUGGAGAAAAAUACCAUACCAAUGGAUACUUUAUCAAGUUCAAGAGAAAAUGGGAACGUAUCACCAUCAACUAGAGAGCGUCAUCCUACUCAUAACGAUGGGUUGAUGGGUUGUCCUGAUGUAAAACAAGACAGCGAAAUAGAAUGUGUCUCUGGACACAUGCGGACAGGGAUGGGCCAUCAUUCUUCGCUUAAUAUAGAAAGGAUUCCUGAAAGUUCAUUUAGAAAUGCUGAAAGGUGGAAGGUGGUGGCCGCAUGGUUUGAGAAGAAUGUGGCUAUUCUUUUAUUAGUUGUUGUGUUUGGAAACAUGCUGGCCACCUCCCUUAUCAUUGCAAUUAAGAAAUCGAACGAGUGAAUGGGCCGGAAUGCCACGAUGAAACAUAUCAUCGAUGAAACAUAUCAUCACUAAGAAAUGAAAAACUAACAUCUGUCAUGUGCUCCAUAAUUAUGUAAUACAGUAUUGACCUUUCAGAGCUCAAAACAUUGUUCAUCAAUGAGGUAUUGUAAUGUAUGCAAUAAUUUUUAUCUAGGGCCUCUCGAUUCCAUGGUAAUAUGCACGGACUAAUUCCAUAACACCUUGUGGCUCAUGGCGGAGGAGGAGGGGGAAGGGGGGCAUUGCGCUUUGUGAUUUUUAAAUUUAUUGGGCUUCUUGUGGGCCUAAUAAAAAAGAACCUCAGAGGCAAGUCCAUAUCUUUCAUUGAUGUUGUAAAGUAGCGGUCACACCACCAGAACUUAUCUUGAGCGGUCCUUGAACGGUAGGAAGAGGGGGUCGAAUUUCGACAACGCUCGUCACCGCGUGCAAAAUGGGGAAAAAUCGAAAACACGGGCGUUGCCUUAUCGGUGCACCGCUGAAUCCGGCGUUGCUUUAGCGUUGGUUUAACGGUAGCGAGCGUUGAUUUUGCGGUGACACCAGGCGCGGAUCCAUGGGGGGGGGGGGGGACGAAGGGGCCUUGGCCCCCCCUUCGGCUAAAAAAAAAAAUAAGAGAGGGAAAGAAAUAGAAAAAAGAGGGGAAGAGGGGAAAGAAAAGAAGAAAAAGAAGAAAGGAAGAGGGGGAAGAAGGGAAGAAAAAAGAGAGAGGAAAAGGGGGGGAAAAAGGAGGAAAGGAGAGAGGCAGAGGGGGAAAGGAAAAGGAGAAAAAAGAGAGAGGAAGAAGGAGGAAAGAAGAAAAGAGAGAGAGAGGGGAAAAGAAGAGGGGAAAGAGAGAGGAAGAGGGGGAACGAAGAAGAGGAGAAAAAGGAGAGGAAAGGGGGAAAGAAAAAAGAAGAAAAAGGGAAGAGGGGGAAGGAAGGGAAGGAAAAGGGAGAGGAAAAGGGGGAAAGAAAGAGAAGGAAAAAGAGAGGGAAAGGAAAAGGAGAAAAAAAGAGAGUGGAAGAGGGGAAAGGAAGAGAAGAAAAAGAGAGAGAGAAAAAAGAAGAAAGAAAAGGAGAAAAAAGAGGAAGAGAAGAAAAGGGAGGGGGAGGGAGAGGGGGUAGAAAAAAGAGGAAGAGGGGAAAAGAAAAGGAGAAAAGGAGAGAGAGGAAGAGGGAGGAAAGAAGAGAAGAAAAAAGAGAGGGG